UGAUGUUGUUUCAAAUGCACAGAUGGGUGGCAACUACAAACCAAAUCUCAGCGCUAGCAGUGUUCCUAUGCUCGUCCAGAAAGUAUAUGGUCUUUCAGUAAUUGUUGUACAAGAGUUGAAAAGUUAUGAUGACCAAAACUUUCUCGUCGAAGAAGUGCCAGGCUCGUCUCUGCCUUCAGAUAGUCAAUUUGCAAGUUCACAUCGCUAUGUCUUGAAAAUUCUCAACGCGUUCGACUCGAGAAAGCCAGCAGUUGCAGAAAUCCAGACUGAAGUCAUCUUGCAUGCUAAAAGAGCUGACAUUCCUACACCGGAUGUUAUUCCAACAACAAAUGGUAAUUAUCAGUUACUGCUGAGCCUGCCCAAAUCAGGAUUUGAAGAUGCCGAGAUGGAGAAAUACGUUGUUCGUCUUUUUGUUUUCAUGCCAGAUGAAACCCUAGACCAGGUAGCUUUGAGCCAUCAGCUCUGUUAUGAAGUUGGCUGGUUGGCUGGAAAGCUAGAUUCUGUUUUACAGGAUUUUUCAAAAGCAGAAAAUUCUGUGAUAGCUUCAAUGUCACGUGGCUGGAAUAUGUCCCAUAUACCUGAACUGAGAGGUAAACUGCACAUUGUAAGAUGUCCAGAACAACGAAGGAUCAUUGGAGAAAUAAUUGAUAAGUUUGAGACAUCAGUCUUAUCUGCUCAAGACAAGUUUUCUAAAGGUCUCAUUCAUAGCGAUUUCAAUGAAUGCAACAUCUUGGUCAGCCAGAAUUUUUCAAGUGUGCCAGUUAAACCAAGUGAGGUUUGCAGAGAACUAGAACACACAACUUCAGUAGACAACAAUGAUGUUGGUGCCACCGAACAGAACUUCUGUCUUGACCAAAUGCAGAAAAAUGUUGCUGCAAAGUUUAAGUGCAGGAUAUUAACUAGCGACAAUGCUCACUCUUUGGACACUAAACCAUGGCAUGUCAGUGGUAUCAUCGACUUUGGUGACACAACGUUUUCUCUCUACAUAUUUGAAGUUGCAAUUGCAAUUGUCUAUAUAAUGCUUAAUAAGCAUGGGGUUCCAGCGAUGGAGGCAGCCAGUUUUUUUCUGUCAGGAUACCUGCAGCAUAUCAGUUUAACUGAUUUUGAGAUCAAACAUUUGAAAUUAUGUGUGUGCGCCAGGUUUGCACAAUCUUUAGUCCUUGGCUAUUUUUCAAUAACCAGUGACCCUGGGAAUGAAUACACUCUUACACAUGCAGAAAGAGUUUGGCCAGUUUUGAAAUAUCUGUGGGAUAUGCCAGAUGAGCUUGCAUUUGUGCAAUUAAUGGAGCAGGUCACCAGUAAACUGUAG